UCGUAAACGUCAACGCGUACAGAGGUCUCAGUGUGGUGCUCGUUUGUGUUUUUGAAAUUAUAUAUUUUAUACUUUAAAUUAUAAUUUAUUUCUUAACAAUUAUUAGUCAAUAUUAAUUAUGUCUGCAGUAACUAAAGGAAUUUACAUAGUAGGCGCUAAGCGUACUGCUUUUGGUACUUUCGGCGGUGCCUUAAAGAAUAUCAAUCAAACACAAUUACAAACUGUCGCUGCCAAGGCUGCACUAGAUGCUGCUGGACUACGCGGCGAACAAGUCGACACUGUGAUCAUUGGAAAUGUUAUUGCCGCUUCCGCCACAGAUGGCAUUUACUUGCCACGUCACGUCAGUCUUAAUUGUGGCAUACCAAUUGAGACACCAGCACUAGCAAUUAACCGUCUAUGUGGCUCUGGCUUUCAAUCUAUUGUGAACGGCGCACAGGACAUCUUGGUGGGCAGUGCUAAGGUCGCGCUAACCGGUGGUGUCGAGAAUAUGUCACAGGCACCAUUUGUUGCACGCAACAUCCGUUUUGGCACCACUUUAGGCGCUAACUACAAUUUAGAAGAUUCUCUGUGGUCUGGACUAACUGAUUCAUACUGCAAAUUACCAAUGGCGUUAACUGCCGAGAAUUUAGCUGAACAAUUCAAAAUCACACGUGAGCGUGUCGAUGAAUUUUCACUUCGUUCGCAGCAAAAUUGGGCACGAGCACAAAAGGAAGGCGUUUUUAAUAGCGAAAUUACACCCAUUAAAUUGAAAGUGAAGGGUAAAGAAGUCGAUUUUGUUGUUGAUGAACACCCAAGGCCACAAACCACAAUUGAGGGAUUAGCUAAGCUGCCAUCACUGUUCAAGAAAAAUGGCGCAGUCACUGCUGGCACUGCUUCGGGUAUUUCUGAUGGUGCGGCUGCUGUUAUUGUCGCCUCUGAAGAAGCUGUGAAGGAGUAUAAUUUGAAGCCACUUGCACGACUUGUUGCUUACUCAUUCGUUGGUGUGAAACCAGAAAUUAUGGGUUAUGGUCCAGUGCCAGCCAUCCAAAAUGUACUCAAAGUUAGUGGCAAGAAAUUGGAGGACAUUGACCUAAUUGAGAUUAACGAAGCCUUUGCCGCUCAAACCCUUGCCUGUGUUGAUGCGCUGGGUCUGGAUGUAUCAAAGUUGAAUGUUAAUGGUGGCGCUAUUGCCGUUGGUCAUCCAUUGGGUGCAAGUGGUUCACGCAUUACUGGUCAUUUGGUGCAUGAAAUGAAGCGCAAGAACUUGAAGUACACCAUUGGUUCGGCAUGUAUUGGUGGCGGUCAAGGUAUCGCCCUGUUGUUGGAGUCUGUUUAAAAAGCUGUGAAGGUCAAACUACUAUUUUGCAUUUAAUUCAUUUGCCAAUACUUCUAAAGUGUAGCAAUAUAGCUCUAAGCAUUAUUAAUAUUAUUUUUUAUUUUUAAUAUA